AUGACCCUGGAGGAGAUCAAGGACCCGUGGAAAUGGAGAUGGCCCGAGGCAUGUCUCCAAUGGCUAGAGCUCCUUGUCGCCCAGCAGGGCGCCAUCCGGAAUCUUCACUUGUGGGCACCAUCUCGGACACACAAUUCGAAGACUCUGAAGCAAUUGGUGCCUCACGUAAAGCUCCACACGGUCGAAUUCAGGUCCGCGGCCUGGGAUCGAGUCUCCCAUGACAUGAGCGACAUUCAACAGGAGCUGGAAGGAGACCCGUGGCUUCCCAAAACCCACCAGGAAGCGCUGACAAGAUGGCUCGAACGGAACGGGCACUCCACGGCUCUGAAUGCUGCGGAAUUCAAAGGCUCUGUCCACUGUGAAACCAUGCUGCUCACGCUGCACGCUCUCACGCUCAAAUUGGCGUCUGCAUAUGCUGACUCCAGUGCCGAAGCAAUAUCACAAUGUCUCAGGUCCCGCAACAUCAUCGUCCCGCCACAGGUCAUCACCAAACUCCAAGCUGGGCGUACCUCUCUGGGCCUCUCGAGGAGAUGCUGCCCCGGAUGCCGGAUCGUGGUCUUUGCAAUUCGAGAUUUGCAGAGCUUUAGGCGCCGGAUCUCUCCCCCAUCUUUCCAUGGGACAUGGCUUCCCAUGGCCCUUCCGCCCUGGACACCGCGGACGAUCGGACUGCGCCUCUUGGAACAGCUUCAGCAUGAGAUCCGAUACCGCGGCAAACUCGCCUUUGACGCCCUGCCCAGGGGGGAGCAGGAGAAGUUGACACGCCUGUUCGAUCCCAACUAUGAAUCUCCCGACUCUGAUUCCGUCUUGGAACCGCUUCCUCACCUGUAUUCUGAAUCUGAUGAUUCAGAAUCCUAA